AUGGAUGUGUCCUUGUUGUUGAACGGAAUCUUUGUUAGGAUAGCAACUAAAAAGGAAUUCUUAAUAAAAGAUGGUACUCCGGAGAAUCUCAUUUAUGUGCGAUUAACGCCUUACAGUAUGCCUACCGUACCUCCUGUAUGGCUUACGGUACAGAACAAGUUGACGAUGGGAAUAGGAUCGUUCCCUACGAGCGGUCUCCAAAAAACCGCAUAA